AUGGAUGCUUUCAUAUCAAGGAAGCGUCCACGGCUCUCUAAUCCGAGCGAGGAGGCCAAUCACGACUCACCAGACCCCCGCGAAGACUCAACUGAUACGAAGCUAGCAAUACUGCUAUCUCUCUUCCCGACUAUGAAACAGGAUGAGCUAUUGGAUAUACUCGUAUCCUGCGAAGGGUCUGUGGAGAAUGUUUCCGGACUCCUCUCUGUAAAAGACUCCACGGCAUACACACCCGUCAGCAAAAAGCGAGCUGCUGUUACCUCAACAUCCGGCAUGCAGACAUCUCUCUCAUCACAUGUUUUUACAACAGCUGAAGAUGGGAGCAUGAAGCCUUUGCAUGAGAGGAUGAGCAAGAAAAAGCUUCCGCUUCCACAAAAAGGCAAAACGUUACACCUUUACUCGCCUGAGGAUAUUGCCACCUACACACCUUGUACUAUCAUCCACAACUUCCUACCAGCUCAAGACGCAAACACACUUCUUCUUGAAUUGCUCGAUGAAUCGAAACACUUUUCUCGGUAUGAUUUCCAAGUCUUCAGCCGCACCGUCCAGAGUCCCCACACACACGCUGUGUAUGUCUCUACACCCGAAGAACACCGGCAACAGACCUCAGAGUAUACUUACGGUGGCACAUAUCGGUCAAAUGUACGUCAGGCAACACCACAGCUACGGUCAGUGUCACGUCAAGUACAGAAAAUCGUCAACGACGAGAUCAACAAACGAAUUCGAGACGUCUAUCCAGACGGGAAGAGGUUGCAAUACCAGUCACCAAAGGAGUGGCGCCCCAACGCAGCGUUUGUCAACUGCUACGAUGGGCCGACCGAAAGCGUGGGAUAUCACUCCGACGAACUCACCUACCUUGGACCACACCCGGUGAUAGGCAGCUUAAGCUUGGGCGUGGCACGCGAAUUCCGAGUCCGCCGGAUAGUACCUCGAGACGACGACGAGACCGCGGAAGACCAUGAUACCAAUAAGUCUAGUCCAGUCUCACACUCAGCGCGGAACCAGACUGCAUCAGCCGCACGCGCUGACGCCCAAGGUCAAAUCUCAAUCCAUCUUCCGCACAAUUCUCUCCUCAUUAUGCACGCAGAGAUGCAAGAGGAGUGGAAACACUCUAUUACCCCGGCUCAAACUAUUUCCCCACAUCCGAUCUCUGGGAACAGGCGUAUCAAUAUCACAUAUCGUUGGUAUCGUGACACGUUACACCCACGCUACACCCCACGUUGCAAGUGUGGCGAACACACGAUUCUUCGAUGUGCACAACGCAAGCAUGAGACACGAGGAAGAUAUAUGUGGAUGUGCUAUGCUGGCUUUACGCCAGGGAAGGAAGGGUGUUCAUUCUUCCAGUGGGCUGAGUUUGAUAAUGAUGGGGAUCCGGUGUGGGGAAAGAAAGCCAUCCAGGACAAGGCCCCUACUUUGGCGAAUUUCUCGGCAUCUCAAUAA